UUGCUUGGGUGCGGGUGCGCAUCGGUAUCUGUCUGUCUUGAUGAGGGUAAUAAAGAUAGGCAUAUGGCCGAAUGGAACUGAACCUUGAGCCUUCGUUGGAACGGAACCCCCCAUUCUUUCAGCAGCUGAGGGAUUCCGUAAUAGGACUGGUACCUGAAGGUGGCCCUCAGAGAUGUUGAACAAGUUUAAGUCAGCUAUCUAUAGUGCUGUUGGAAGUUUAGAAGACGGACAUAAUGGCCCUGCAAAGGAGCUACCCGAGCCCAGACCGCCCAAGUUUCCAUAUGGUCGUCCCCAGUUUCUGCACCUGACCUCAGAAGAUGAGGUGCAGGUGGCAGGUGACCGCACGAUCCGCCCCAUCAUGGUGCCCCGUGACAUCACCAGGAUGCCCUGGAUGUCUGGCUAUGCUGAGGCCGUCAACGCCGGAAAGAGCAAGCGCAACGAGGACAACGCGCACAUCCACGUGGGCGUACUGCGGCAGCCGAACACCGGCGGCUCCGGCGGCUCCGGCGAGCCGGGGGCUCGGCCGGCCGACCGCGCCGUCCGCUACUACUACUUCGGCGUGUUUGACGGCCACGCGGGCCACGGCGCCGCAACGGCAGCCGCCAACCAGCUGCACCACAUCGUGCAUGAGAAGCUGGUGGACGUGAUAGACCACCUGCUGCCGCCGGAGACGGCGGACCCGGACCGCAGUCGGCCGGCCUUCCUCUGGAUCCCGGCCAAGGAGCUCGCCGUCGACAAGCUGGUCACGGGCGCCCUGGAGGCGGCCUUCAACGACAUGGACGCGCUUAUCGCCGAGGACCGGCGCAAGUACGAGAUGCGCGGCGGCUGCACGGCCCUGGUGGCGCUCUUCCUGCUGGGCCGGCUGUACGUGGCGAACGCCGGCGACUCGCGCGCGGCCGUAUGCCGCCGCGGCCGCGCCCUGCGCGCCUCGCACGACUUCACGCCGGAGACCGAGCGGCAGCGGGUCCGACAGCUGGCGAGCCGGCAGCCGGCGCUGUUGGGCGGCGAGUUCACGCACCUGGACUUCUGCCGCCGCGUCAGCCGGCGCGACCUCGGCAAGCGCGUGCUGUACCGGGACGCGCACAUGACCGGCUGGGCGUAUAAGACGGUCACCGAGGAGGACGUCAAGUUCCCCGUGGUCUGCGGCGAGGGGAAGCGGAGCCGCGUAUGCGCCACCAUCGGCGUCACACGCGGCUUCGGCGACCACGGCCUGCGCGCGCAGAACACCAGCGUCUACGUCAAGCCGUUUCUCCUGUCGCAGCCCGAGGUGCUUGUGAUCGACCUUGAGGACGAGCAGGUCACCGAUUCAGACGUGCUCGUCAUGGCCACCGACGGCCUCUGGGACGUGACCUCCAACGAGACGGUGGCGCAGCUGGUGGAACGCGCGCUAAGUCACUUCCCGGCCGGGGAGGCGUCUCUCCAGCGGUACAGGUGUGUCUCGGCCGCCCAGGAGCUGGUGAUGGCGGCCCGCGGGAAGCUCCGGGAGCGGCAGUGGCGCAUGGCUGACGGCUCGCCGGCCACCGUCGACGACAUCAGCGUCUUCGUCAUCCCGCUGCUGGCUUACAAGGACGAGCACAUGCUCUGGAAGAUGGAAAACACGGUCUCGGCACCGGUGUGCCACCAGAAUGGCACGCUGGAGGCGGCGGGGCCAGGCGGCCCCACACCAGGCGCCGCCCCUGGCGGGCCCCAGUCGACACCGGGCGCGUCGGAGCCGACGGCCGCUCCAGCCGCGCCAGUCGGGCCGGUGGCUGCUCACGCCUUGGACCAGUGUGUGCCUCCCGCGUCCGGUCAGGCUACCAUUCCCCUGUCAGGUCAGCCUGGACCGCCGCCGUCCGGCCGGCCCGUCCCUGCACCAUCCGACCCAUCUGCCCCUCCGGCGCCCGGUGAGACUGGUGCUCUCCGGUGCGGCCAGUCUGGCCCGAUACCGUCUGGUCAAUCAGUCCAUACCCCGGCUGGUCAGCUGGUCUCUCCGCCGACCCGUCAGUUCGUGCAGCCCAGCCAGUGUGCCCCUCCGUCGCCGGGACAGUCUGACUCUCAGGCGCCCGCUCAGCCUACCCCUCCACCGCCCAGCCAGUCUGACCUUUCUCCGCUCAGUCAGUCUGCCCCUCCACCGCCCAGCCAGUCUGACCUUUCUCCGCCCACUCAGCCUACCCCUCUACCGCCUAGCCAGUUUGACCAUUGUCUGCUCAGUCAGUCUACCCCUCCACCGCCCAGCCAGUCCGACCUUUCUCCAUCCAGUCAGUCUACCCCUCCACCGCCCAGUCAGUCUACCCUUCCACUGCCCAGUCAGUCUACCCCUCCACCACCCAGCCAGUCCGACCUUUCUCCAUCCAGUCAGUCUACCCCUCCACCGCCCAGUCAGUCUACCCGUCUAUCACCCAGUCAGUCUACCCCUCCACCGCCCAGUCAGUCUACCCCUCCACCACCCAGUCAGUCUACCCCUCCACUACCCAGUCAGUCUACCCCUCCACCACCCAGUCAGUCUACCCUUUCACUGCCCAGUCAGUCUACCCAUCCACCUUCCAGUCAGUCUAGCCCUCCACUGCCCAGUCAGUCUACCCUUCCAUCAUCCAGUCAGUCUAGCCCUCCACCUUCCAGUCAGUCUACCAUUCCACCGCCCAGUCAGCCUACCUCUUCACCACCGGAUCAGUCUAACCCUCCGCCGCCCGGUCAGUCUACCCCUCCACUGCCCAGUCAGUCUACCCCUCCUCCACCCGGUCAGUCUGAUCCUCCGUCGUGCAGCCAGCGAGCCGCCCCGCCAGACAGCGAGUUGGUCGAUCCUGCGGUUCAGUCGGUACUGCCGCUGCUGGUGCGGAUGGAGCCGUCGUCUCCGGGCCAGAUCCUGCCGCCGCCGCCGGAGCGGGCGGUCUGCCCACCGCCGCCCAGUCCCGUGUCCCGCGCCGCCGCUGCCGCCGCCGCCGCCGCCGCCGGCGUGCGGUCGGCCUCCGAGGCGGCACCGCACCGAACACCGCCCGCCAACACCGGGGCAGGCGCGGCGCCGCGGUAGUCUAGCGCCAUCUUGCGGCGCCACGCCCUCGGUGAUGACUGUGGAUGCUCCAGAGGGGACGCUGCGGAGCCGGCGUUGGUGUGAGCCUCGACGGAUGCGGGUGUGCAGUGCCUUGCGCCGGGGCCGUCCUGUGGCGCGGCCGCGCGGCGGUGAGCUGUACGGAGCCAGCGCCCGCGACGCGCGCUGGCGGCGAAGGCUGCGUUCUCGCCUGAUGCUCCUCGCCCCGCUGUGUACGAUCAAGUCAGUUUUGUAGGUUAUCAAUGCAGAGGGAUCAUGUCAUAGCACAAAAUAGUUGUUGAAGGUGCGUUCAAGAUGGUUGUUCAAAACUUGUGCCCUGUUCAAAAUGACUCAUGAAUAUUGCGAAGCAUUCCUUUCAAACAUUCUUGUGGCUGACGUGGUUAAUGACUACUAAAGGGAUUGGGUGUACCAGAAAUUUUUUUCAGUUUUGUGUAAAAAUGUGGGGAAAUUGGAACUGUACAACAAUUUGAACAACAUAGGCAACUGCACUUUCGCACACGUUUCCUUGGCUUAAGACGUUUGUAACGGCAUGACAUCAAGUACCUCCGUAGUCAUCGUACCACUGUUGCGUACUGAUGCAUGACGUCUAGGACAAUAACACAGCAAUUAGGUGGAACAGUGAAGGGACGGAGCCUGCGUGAUGGAUGUGCGACACUGACGCUUUCCGCGCUCGGAACCGAGCAAAUUUGGGGCGGGUCCAGUUCCUUGAAAUACGGCCCAAUGCCUUGCCAAUGCCUCCGACACGAGACUUCUGGUACGGCCUGGUAAAAUAACUAAGGUACUUUGAACAGUUCUUUGGCCUUCUUCGAAUGAAAUAAAUCAGUAAUCAAAAUGUUACUAGCUCAAAGUGCGUCUAAUCUUCGUAUGCGGGUGUGAUUAAUCAUGCAACAAUGUUCCACUUUGUAAUAUGGAAUAGCUUACUUCUGGUUUACAACGGCCACGAUCGUUAAGCAUUUCUGUCAAUUUUCAACAUCGUGCAAUCAGCGUUAUAUCAUAGUGUAUUGCUAUUGUUAUAUUGAAAGAAAUACUUUGUUAGAUUAGUGUGCGAAAUCGUGCCCCCAAAUACAAUUUGACAGAAGGUUGAUACUGAGGUCCGUUGUUACUCCGUGGUCUCUAUGGUCAAGGCCGCAGGAUAGUGUUGUACGAGGUGUAAGCACCAGUGAUACCGUAACGCUCAGAAAAAAACACCUUUUCCCAGGUUUUUUGUCCGGUUCAAUCCACUUUAUCCUCCAAUGGCGCGGUGCCAACGCACUGUCCCCCCCCCCCCCCUAAUCCACAGGUGGCGCUGCGGCCAUCGUCUGGUGUCACAUGAUCGUUUGGUGGUGAUGGGGUUUGGGGAGGGGCAGGUAUCGUUGUUCAAUCGCCUUUUUUAAACGUUGCAUGAAUGUUUGCCUACUACUUGUACGUGUCACUUAUUGUCACCGUGCGAUACCUUAACUGUUUGAUCAACCCAAGCAUUCAUGAUUUUGCAACCAAUGUUUAUGCGAUGCCUUUACCGCGUGAAUUUCAUGGUGUGACCUGAUAGCCGUAUUUCGCCGAUGUUGCCUCGAUGUGUAGAUGCUCUUUUAUCCCUUCGUUGCCUUGUGCUUUUUUGUUUCUCACGGAACCUCGACUUGUCUUCGAAGUGACCGGGCCAAUACACCGCGUGGGUGCCGCA